UCAAUAAAGUUGGAAUUGAAGCCAAAAUGGCGACGUGCAUGUUGUCGUCAAAGAUGUCGCCCUUGGUGUCACCCAUCAUUAGAUUUCUACUGAAAGAUCAGUACUAUUCCUCGAAAACGAUAUGUAACGGUGUGACUAACAUUUCCAGACGAGGCUACUCGACGGAUGCUCUCCCCCAGCCGGCUGCAGAAGACAGCAAUGCUGCCGCAGCGUACAGCGGACCAAUGGAGCACUACAACAGUCUGGUCAGGGAUGAGUCGCUGCAAGAGGACCCGCAUCAAAAAGCCGUGGUUCAGACCUUGGAUAAAAUGCACAAAACCCUAAGAGGUUACAACAACCAGCCUACGUCCCUCUUCUCGAAGUUUUUCUCUAAACCAAAGCCCCCAAAAGGGUACUACAUCUAUGGAGAUGUUGGCACAGGGAAAACGAUGGUUAUGGACAUGUUCUACUCAUACGUGGAGACAGAGAAGAAAAAGAGGGUCCAUUUCCACGGCUUCAUGUUAGAUGUACAUAAUAGGAUACAUCGCCUUAAAAAGAGCCUGCCAAAAAGGAAAGCUGGGAGGAUGGCUAAAGUCUAUGACCCGAUUGCGCCAAUAGCAGAGGAGAUCAGUGAAGAGGCCUGUCUGUUGUGCUUUGAUGAGUUUCAGGUGACAGACAUUGCAGAUGCCAUGAUUCUGAAACAGCUCUUUGAAAACCUCUUUAAGAAUGGGGUUGUUGUAGUGGCCACGUCCAACCGGCCCCCAGAGGAUUUGUACAAGAACGGACUACAGAGGGUCAACUUUGUGCCAUUUAUUGCUGUGUUGAAGAACUAUUGCCAAGAGCUUCGUCUGGACUCUGGGAUAGACUACCGCAGAAGAAACAGACCCUCAGCUGGGAAACUGUACUUCCUCUCAAGUGAACCUUGUGUUGAGGCAAUACUGGACAAGAUGUUUGACGAGCUGGCCUUCAAACAGAACGACAUAACACGGCCAAGGACUCUGAAACUGCUAGCCAGGGAGGUCAGUCUUAUGAAAACCUGUGGGACCAUAGCAGACUGUACCUUCGAGGAGCUGUGUGAUAGACCAUUGGGUGCCAGUGACUACUUGGAGAUCUCCAGGCAGUUUGAUACUGUAUUCAUCAGGAACAUUCCCCUGCUCACUAUGAACAAGAAGACUCAAGCGAGACGCUUGAUCACGCUUAUAGAUGCCUUCUAUGACCACAAGGUACGAGUGGUGAUUCUGGCCGAUCACCCUCUGGAUGACAUCUUUGUACACGACGGAGAUCACGAACACCACCAUCAUGAACUCAUGGAUGAUCUCAACCUAAAAAAGGAUGCAGCCAGUGAGUUGUCUAUCUUCAGUGGAGCAGAGGAGAUCUUUGCCUUCCAAAGGACAGUGUCUCGCCUCACUGAGAUGCAGACCGAAGAGUACUGGCUGCAAGGGGACAGGAGCACCAUCACCACGUAGCUGUACUGUACCCCUCAUCAACCCUCUAAACCCUUCACUACCUGCAAGGACAGUGAAAACCACCUCACCAGUACAGACUAUCAGUUAAUUUGACGGGAUCAGUUUGAGCAUGGCGAGGCGCAGAAUCACUAAUCAUGAUCACAUAUAAUAAGUGUGGUGAUUUGUAGAUCAGUGAUUCUACGCCGUCCGACUGCAAAGUAGUCCGUCUCAAACAUGCACAUACACUACCACGAGGGACUCCAAACAAUGUAAUAUAUUUAUUAUACUAAGGAAGUAUGACUUCAAGCCUUUAUGAUUUUACUUUGCCAUUGCACUUUACAAACUGACCAUAUUGUACAGAAUAUUUUAAGUUAAACCUUUAUCUGUGGAGUUCUUUCUAUACUGUACACAUACGGUAGAUAGGGUAAAUUGUAUGAAUGGUGUUUGCAAAAAAGUUAAAUGAAAUCCACUUAUACAAAUGGAA